ACAAAAAAGAAAUAAAUGCUAACGAAGAGUAUCGUGUAUAUAGAAAUGUUUGAUCAAUAUUCUCGCACUUCAAAAGAAAAUUCCUUUGAACACCAUGGAUACCAAAAGUUCUCCAUUAGAUCGUUCUAUAAAUGUCUCGGUGUGUCAUUUUAGACGUUUUUUAGCAAUUGCUGCAUAUUUUUAUAGUGUAUUUUAUAUUUUUAUUAUUAAAUAAAUAUGGACGAAAGCGACAUGGAAGAUGAGGAGAUGAUGGGGGAGGAAGAGUCUGACGAAGAGUUGGAUCCCAAUAAUCCAGAUGAUGCUUUCAAAAUUUUGGAACGAGAUUUUAACAAGACUUUAGCUCAACUGGAAAGCCAACCAGAUGCAAUCCAGUAUGCAGACGAGUUCGCCAAAAUCUUCGAAGCCGCAUUCAAACUCAAAAUUCACGAGGGAGAACUUACUGAAGAGAAUGCCGAAAUGUCUAAAACAAUCGCCGAGCAGGAAGACAAAAUCGAUCUUGCUCGGAGUUUGGCGAUCAAAGAUAAAGAAACAAUCGAUGAGCUAAAACAAAACAUCAUACACGUGUGUAAACUAGCAGAUGCUGCGCAUUACAGGGAGCAAGCUGCGCAGGAGAUAAUCGAUAAUUUGAGGAAGCAGGUCGAAACUUUGAAUGCCGAGAUCGAUUUCAAGAAUAAAAUGGCCACUGAUUCAGAAGAUGCUGGAAAGAGUCACAAAGAAAAGGACAUGCUACAAAGAGAAAAAGAAAGACUGACAACUGAAAAUGGGUAUUUACAACAAAAACUGGAAAAUUGUAAUAUUUACACUGAAGAACUGGAAGAAAAAACUGGUGAAGCAAACCUAAAAAUAAAUGAACUUAGCGGGCAAGUGGAGGACCAAUCAAGUGAAAUAGAUAGGAUGAAAAAGUUCAGGGAAAAACUUGAAGAAGAGUUAACUCUGACAAAUAUAAUCGUAGAUGAAAAGGAGUUAAAAAUAAACGAACUUAACAACGACAUAACCCAGCUAGAAAAAAGAAUUGUAGAUCAAAGCGAAGAAGCCAAAAAUCAAAAAGUCCACUACAUGAGAAUCACAAAGGAGUUUAUCCUGUUGGAGGCCAAAUAUUCCAAAUUGUUCAACGACCAUCAAAAAGUAUUUAUAACGAUUGACCAAGCUAAAAAAGACUUGCAAGCAAAAGUUUUGGACUUGAAGGCCGUCACAGAUGAAGUUGCACAUUUAAAAGCCGAUUAUACGAACUUGAGUUUGCAAAGAGAUGGAUUGGAGAAGCAAGUUUUUAAACAAACGACGACAUCGCAAAAUUUAAUGGAGGAGAGGAAUGGGUUGAGACAAAAAAUCGCCACCAUAGAAAAAGAGAUAUUAGAGCAGAAAAAGGAGAUCCUGGAGCACAAAAGAAUCGAGGAUGAAGCUGUCAAAGAGAAGAACAACAUCGCCAAGCAAGUUACAAAGGCUACAGCAGUCAAUAAGGAGCAAGCGAGACUGAUAAAAAUUCAACAAAAGACGAAAGAAAAACUGGAAACUGAUUUGGAUUUAUACUACAUCGAAAACAAUCGCCAAAAAAAAGACAUCAGCAGUCUGCAGACAGAAAAAGACCGCUUCGCAGAAGCACAAAUACAGUUAAACAAAAAAAUUGAUGACCUCAUGGAGGAUGUCCGUCAGAAAAAAGUCAUGAUAUUCGAUUUAAAAAGAACCAUAACAGAAAACAUAAAUAAAAUCCGGCAACAGCAAAAUAUGUACGAAGCUGUGCGAGCGGAGAGAGCUUCACUGCAAAAAUCGUUGGAGCAUUGCUCAGCAGAUUCCGAAGAAGUUAAGAAAAAAUUAAAAAUUACUUUGUUUCAAACUGAACAGUUGAAAGAAGAUAUAUCUUCGAAGGAACAAGAGUUGAUAAAGCAAGAUACAGUCAUGAGAAAGGUUGUUAAAGAACGAGACAACCUUAAAGUUGAUGUUGAUAAAGGGUUGGAGCAAAUAGUAAGCCUAAAAUCAGAAAUUAAAGAUAUGCAGGAUGAGGAAAAACGCCUAAGACAAACCAUAUCAACUAGCAACAAAAAAAUACGUGAACAAAUCAAAAACAUUGAACAACUAAUGAACGAAAGAGAUGUCUUAGGUUCCCAACUGGUCAGAAGAAACGACGAGCUAGCUCUGAACAACGACAAAAUUAAAAUACUAAUAACGACGUUACACAGAGGUGAAGCUCAGUAUGACCAACGUUUGGGAGAUAUACGACUACUGAAAAUCGAAGUUAAAAGACUAAGACAAGAAAAAUUGCUGAUGGAAAAGUCGGUGAUGAAUAUGAUCGAUUUUAGACAGGAGGUUUUUAGAUUGGAAAGGGAUUUGACCACUACGAAAUUGAAAUGUCGGGCUUUGGAGGAGGAGCUACAUAAUCCGGUUAAUAUACACCGAUGGAGGAAAUUGGAGGGGUCAGAUCCUAAUACCUUGGAGUUGCUGCAGAAAAUUAAAAUCCUGCAAAAGAGGCUUUUAAAGCAAUCGUACGAUGCGGUCGAAAGGGAAAAACAACUGAAAGAGUCAGAGCAGUUGUAUAUGAAGUUAAAGGAAGUUUUGGCACAUCAACCAGGACCCACGAUUAGAGAGGACCUUAAUAAGGCGCAGAAAGGACUGAAGCUGAAGGACGAUAAGUUAAAGGUGCUGGUAUCCGAAUUAAACAUGGCAGAACUGAAAUCCAGCGAAUACAAAUCUCAGCUAGAGAAAAUCACCGAAGACCUCAAAGAAAUCAAAAUGAAAUACAUGCAAGCAAAAAAAGAAAACCGAAUGAAACGCAUGGGCACCGCGGCAACGUCGGAAUUACAUCGAACGCAGAGCCGGCAACCCAGCGAAGUAAAAUUCACCGGUGGCGGGUUUAGAAUGUCUGUGCCGCAAAUUCCGCUCAAAUAAUAAGUUUAUCUUUGAAUAAAGACUUUUAUUUAUCAAAAAAAACGUUGUUAUUUUGUGUUAGAGUGUUUUGAAGUUGUUAGUUUGAAAUGGCAAAGGUUCUGGAAGUUUGUGUUGACAGUAUCGAGUCUGCGGUUUCCGCCAUCCGAGGUGGCGCUGAUCGACUCGAGUUGUGCUCUUCGCUCAUAGAGGGCGGUCUGACCCCGACACCGGGCCUCUUGAUUCAAAUUCAAGCGGUAAACCACGUGAAAAUACCGAUUUACUGUAUGAUAAGAUGCCGGCCGGGAAAUUUCGUGUACAAACCCGAAGAAAUCGAGAUUAUGAAGGAGGAUUCCAAAAUAUUACGCCGAUACGGCGCCGAUGGUUUCGUUUUUGGUGCGCUGUUGGAAAACGGCGAUGUCGACAUGAAAACUUGCAGAGAAAUAAUUAAAUCAUGUCAUCCGCUGCCUGUCACUUUUCAUAGAGCGUUUGAUUUUUGCAAACGUCCCACAAUCGAAAUCGAAGUAAUCAUUGAUUUGGGUUUUCAGCGUAUUUUAACAAGCGGCAAACAAAAGUCGGCUCAAAUGGGCGUGAAGUUGAUUAAAAAAUUGCGCGAUCAGGUCGGGAACAGGAUUAAAAUCAUGGCGGGGGCCGGAAUAAACAAAGAUAACAUCGAAUUUAUCUACGAACAUACUGAGUGUAACGAAAUUCAUGGUUCAUUUAAAAAGUUGAAGGAAGUGAAGUCUGCCGAAGAGUCUGAGAUUAUUUUAGGAGAGAAAGACGACCAAAUUUACGUGACCGAUGAAAAUGCCGUCAUUGAAUUUAACAAUAUCUUUAAGACAAUUUAGGUUUAGGAAAAGUUAUUUUUAGCUGAAUAUUCUAACAAUUACUGAUGUAAGUAUUAUACCUAACCAUGAAGCAUUGCGUUCUUGUUUUUUGUUCACUUGUUAAUGUAAAUUGUUGUAAAAAUUAAAAAACGUAUUUUUUGAAUUGUGUAUAUUUUAUACCUAGCAUUAUGGACGACCCCUUAUAAAGGGAGUCAUGCUUUU